GUCACAACCCGGGCUCCAGCCCCGCCCGUCCCGCUUGCCCGCCCGUCGGUACCCGCGGCUACGGCGGCGGCUGCCCAGUGACAGCGGCGGCGGUACGAGGCCGGCAGGAGUAGCGUAGGGUGGCGCGACCCGGAAACGCACACCCGGCCAAAGGGCGACCUGGCGCGAGGGAGGCCCAGCCCAGGUCGCGCGUGAGGAGACCUCGCGGGUGCCGGGCGGGAGGCCGGCGUGAGGGAGCGCCCAGACAGUGGCUGCCGGCGGCCGGGUCCUGCCUGUCCUCGCGGCCGCCGCCGGCAUGAGCCACAUCCAGAUCCCGCCUGGGCUCACGGAGCUGCUGCAGGGCUACACCGUGGAGGUGCUGCGGCGGCAGCCACCCGACCUGGUUGACUUCGCGGUGGACUACUUCACCCGCCUGCGCGAGGCCCGCUCCCGAGCCUCCACCCCACCCGCCGCCCCUCCUUCCGGCUCCCAGGAUCUAGAGCCCAGCUCUGGCCUUGUCACCGACGCGAUCGCGGACAGCGAGUCGGAGGACGACGAGGACUUGGACGUUCCAAUUCCUAGCAGAUUUGAUCGGCGAGUAUCAGUCUGUGCUGAGACCUAUAACCCUGAUGAGGAAGAGGAAGAUACUGAUCCAAGGGUGAUUCACCCUAAAACUGAUCAACAAAGAUGCAGACUUCAAGAAGCUUGCAAAGAUAUUCUUCUUUUCAAAAAUCUUGAUCAGGAACAACUUUCUCAAGUCCUCGAUGCUAUGUUUGAAAGGACAGUCAAAGUUGAUGAGCAUGUCAUUGACCAAGGAGAUGAUGGAGACAACUUUUAUGUUAUUGAACGGGGAACCUAUGAUAUUUUAGUAACAAAAGAUAAUCAGACCCGCUCUGUUGGUCAGUAUGACAACCAUGGCAGUUUUGGAGAACUAGCUCUGAUGUACAACACUCCGAGAGCUGCUACCAUUGUCGCCACUUCAGAAGGCUCCCUUUGGGGACUGGACCGUGUGACUUUUAGAAGAAUCAUAGUGAAAAACAAUGCAAAAAAGAGGAAGAUGUUUGAAUCAUUUAUUGAAUCUGUGCCACUCCUUAAAUCACUAGAGGUGUCAGAACGAAUGAAGAUCGUGGAUGUGAUAGGAGAAAAGAUCUAUAAGGAUGGAGAGCGCAUCAUCACACAGGGUGAAAAGGCUGAUAGCUUUUACAUUAUAGAGUCUGGUGAAGUGAGCAUCUUGAUUAAAAGCAAGACUAAAGCAAACAAGGAUGGUGGGAACCAGGAGGUCGAGAUUGCCCGCUGCCACAAGGGGCAGUACUUUGGAGAGCUUGCACUGGUCACCAACAAACCCAGAGCUGCUUCAGCUUAUGCAGUGGGAGAUGUCAAAUGCUUAGUUAUGGAUGUACAAGCAUUUGAGAGGCUUCUGGGGCCCUGCAUGGACAUCAUGAAGAGGAACAUCUCACACUAUGAGGAACAGCUGGUGAAGAUGUUUGGCUCCAGCAUGGAUCUGAUCGAUCCCGGGCAGUAGGUGUGCCACACCCCAGAGCCUUCUCAGUGUGACACCAAAACCUUCGGGUCAGCCACAGAACACAAACAGAAAAUAUGACAGAACUAUUCCUGCUGUUGCCACCACUGCUGCCAUUGCUAUGGCCAUGGGCAUUUAGAAAACUUGAAAGUCAGCACUAAAGGAUGGGUAGAGGUUCAACCCACACCUCCACUUUGCUUCUGAAAGCCCAUUAUUAGAUCACUUGUAAUGAUCACUCCAACCCAGUUUUCACAUCUUUGGUUCAAAAUGGCAUGUCUCUCCAACAAUUUAAGUGCCUGAUACAAAGUCCAAAGUGUAAACAUCCUUUCCUCUCUUGCUGCUGCUGUUGCUUUUGGAAGUUACCACAGGUUGGUGCAAACCUAUUGUAUAGCUGAAGACACCCUCCCCCAACUUUUCUCAAUGGAGGACAUGUUACAGCCUUCCAUGUCCUCAUUUGUCCUUUGAGAAAGUCCACAUGUGUUCACAAUUGUAACCUUUGGAUUUACCAUUGAAAAUGGUGGCAGAUGUGAUAGAAGUCUGUGGUCCUGUGGCAUUCUACUGUCUGCUGACAGCAGUGCACAUGACAGCUGUCUCCAAACUCUCAGCGAUGCUUAGGGAAAGGCCCUACCCAGGGCCCAGCAGGUCAGCACCCCAGAGUACUCUGAUAGGUUAUUAGGACCCAUGUUAGAGCAGAAAAUUUGGGUUUGGCAUAUUCUUCGGGUAGCAGAGAGCCAGGGAAGCUUUUCUGGGUUGGGGGAGAGGGUUGUUUUGUUUUAGUAGAUUCUGUUUUGUUUUGUUUAACCUCUGUGCAGUUUGCCUGAGUCAAUUACUGUCCAUUUGUAAGGAACCAGGGUCUGGAAGUGACAUCACUGUUUCUGACCUAAAUAUUUUCUCGGGCAACUCCCACCAUGUCUUGUUUCCACUUGUGCCUACUAGCUGAUGACAGUAUACCGGCAAUGAGAGCCCUUUUCUUCUACUCCAGAGUUGUUACAUAGCUUUGCUGUUGAACCAUCAAUUUUUAAACUGUUUAAAGAAAAAGCAGCUAUUUUUUCAAAAAAAAUUAUUUCUCUAUUUAGAGAAUUCCCCUUAGACAUAUUCAUAUGUAGCAAUUUGUCAGCUGACUUAAACAUUUCAUGAGAAAGGUCAGCUCUUUUCAUUUUUAAAAAUCGGCAUUAUUUACAGUUUCAUACUUUUCAUUAUUGCAAAAACCUUUCUAAUUAAGAUGUUAGGAUAUUUGGAGUUCCAGUUGUUAAUCCUAAAUAAAAGUAAUUUAGUUUGUAUUUUAAAACUUUUUUAACCUUUUGAUUAUAUCAGGUAGAAUUCUGAUGAAUUAUCAUAAUUAACUAGGUAUAGUUCAGAAGGAAUUUUUUUUUUCUUCAGAAUGAUCUAGAACCAGAUGCUACAAGAGAUCCUAAGAGCAGUGUGAAAUUUACAUGAAGAUAAAUUUGGAUGGCAUGGCCAAGUUUAUACUAUAUCAGGAGGCCCUUUCUAGGAGUUCUCUUAUAGCACAGCAGGUUAGGGUUGUGGCAUUGUCACUGUGGCAGCUUGGGUCGCUGCCUUGGUGCAGGUUUGAUCCCUGGCCCAGGAACUUCUGCAUGUCAUAGUUACAGCAAAGAAAAAAAGAAAAAAGAGGCCCUUUCCAUAUGAAUUUUUUUAACUUGUUUAACUCAGUAAAUCCCCAAGAGAUAACAUACUGGGGCUUGAAUCAUUCCUGUUGUAGGCAAUGAUGGAGCCCACAUGGUCACCUUCCAUUGUCCUCCUAAGCCAGGCUAUCUGCUUUUGCCAUGGACAGUAUAGUCGAGGGAUUUCCAAAGUGGUGACCCAUCACAACUUUGGUUGGUUCUCCCUUUUUCUUGUUCUCCAUGAAGUGAAAGCAGAAGGACUUUUUCAGACUGCCAUAGGUAGCCUUCAUUGCAGCUUUGUGGAAGGUUGUAACUAAUACUCCAAAACAGGCAGCUAGCACCGGGAAAGCCCAUGAGGUUUUUCCCACGAUUUUCUGAGGUUCUUCUUUUCUAUAAUGUUGCUUUAUUAGCAAAUAAAUUAAGAAAGCAGAUAUUACACUUUAGCAGACAAGAACCAUACCUAUUUCUUACACAGGUAACAGGUACGUUGGGCUUCAGGAGUGACACAGGUCUAGCCCCAGACUGUAUAAGGAUUCUGUUUAAACACUGAGCAGAUGCCCCCUUUAGACCCCCACCCAACACACACGCAUAUGCCAGCAUUAGUUAGGGCUGGCUGUGAACUCUGAGCCAGUCACUCCUGCAGGCUGCUAGAGAUGGAACUUCUCAUCCUGCCCUCUUUUACAUCCCUGUUCAGUCCUCCCCUUCAUAGAAGCCUCUUUGACACCCCCAACUUACUGGUGGUUUCUGUUUUACAAAGUAGAAUUUAUCAGGUUUAAGUCUUCCUGCUCUAACUGUGAAUUAACAUAUGAAUCAGCAGUCCAGACCCUCACUGCAUAUAGGGCCCCUUGAGGGUCUGACUUGAGGAAGGGUGACUUUGCAAGGACUAGUGUGAGUGAAAAGCACACAGCCAUUACGAAGGUACCAGGAGUCUGACAGUGUUCCAGUUCUCUUUGCAGCAUGUGGACUCGACGGUGGCACACCAGGUUUGACUCGGGACUCUGAUGUCCACAUUGUGCUGUGCAAGCUCUGCACUGAGAGUUGAGCCUCAUAGGGAGGAGCCUGUGUUGGAAAGAGGUCUUUUUGAUCAUUGUUUUGUAUUGUUCUCUUCUGUGGUGGGUAUAACUUCAUGCCCUCUUUUCUGACUUUGCUAUUGAUUUUGCAGAGUGGAGAAUGUUCCUGAGAGCCUUCAGGUCCAACCUGCAGUAUUAUUCUUCAUGCUAACCCCAGUUUAUCAUAAUCACAUUCUUCUUUUGUCUGUAUUCUCUGAAGGAAGGGUUCAUAUGCUCUGAAUUCUUAGUCCAUAGUCCUAUAUAAAUGUGUUACAAACAAUUGUAAUAGAUUCUUAGAAAUCAAGGUGGAGCUUUUCUUUGAAUAGUUUAGUGAGCAAAUUCAGCAGCAAAGUGGGAAGAAAUGCUUCUCCAUCUAGGAGAGGUCAUGUUUAUCCUCUUAUUGCCCAGAUUCUGUAGUCACAGUGGUAGAGUAGUCAGUGAGAGGUGCCACUAACACCCAACAGCCCCUAGACACACAGCAUUUCCAUGUCUCCUCUCAUUAAGGAGAAUCGAAAGAGCAUUUUUGCACAGAGAAAAAGGAAAGAGACCCAUGAAUGUCAUCUUUUAUCUUUUGUUUUCAGUUGGCUGAUGUUGGAAUUUUUGUUCUUGACAUGCACUUGUAAACCAGUCUUGCCAAGAUACAAGUUGUUUUGGUUUUUCACUACAAUUACCUCUUGUUCCUCCUGUCUUGACUGCUGACGUUCCUCAGUGAUUCUAAUGUCUAUUUUAUGGGAAGCAGCCUUCCCAUGGGUUUCCUUUUACACACUGCAGGGCUAUCUUUAUACUUUAAAAAAAGAAGAAGAAGAAGAAAACUAUCACUACACUCACAGGGGAUUUGCAGAAAACCAUUUAGCCCACCUUGAGCAAAAGGUAGAUUCCUCAUUGUUUUCUUAAGUUCAUUGUAAUAAAAAGAAGUCUAAUUCAGCAUUAUUGUGCUACCUCAAAGGUAAAAAUGUUUUAAGAUCUUUUCUGGUCCUGAGUUCUACACAUAGUGUUUGAAAUGUCUUUCAAUUGGAAUUAUUUUUAAAUCACCGGGGAGAAUCUUAUUUUAACCUGUUUUACACUUGUAUUUUAAUCUCAGAAGAAUAAGUGAUUAAAAAGUGAUCAAUUCUUGCUCUGUAGUAUUGAACAUAGCAUUAAAUCAUUGUUUGCUGUGAACAAGGUUGGGUUUUUUAAAAAGGAAACUCUAGGGCUCGGCUUUGCUCUUGGUUAAUAAAGGCUGACAAAUCAUGUCUGAA